AUGGCAACGACAGCGAGAUCAGGGUUGCUCAGAGUGCUCCUCUGGACCUUGCUCUGGUGUCAAAUCGAUGCCUUCUAUAUUCCCGGCUGGUCCAUAAAAUCAUACAGCCAAAAUGAGAAUAUUCCCUUAAUGGUCAACAAAGCAUACUCAGACAACACUCAAUUGCAAUAUGCCUACUACGACCUCCCCUUCGUCUGCCCUCCUACCGGUCACCACCGCCCGGGCGCGGGGCUGCUCAGUGGCCAGAGCAUCUCCCUGAACCUGGGAGAGGUCCUGCGCGGCGACCGAAUCGUCAUUUCCGACCUCGAGUUGUCAAUGAUGAAGGACAAUGAGUGCAACAUGCUGUGCAACAGGGAGGUUACCAGACGAGACGUCAAGUGGGCGAGAGAGCUUGUCCGCGACGGCUAUGUGGUCGAAUGGAUCGUGGACAACCUUCCGGGGGCAACGAGCUUCGUGACCGUCGACAAGACGCGUAAAUACUACGCCGCUGGAUUCAAGCUGGGGUUCACAGACACAUCUUCCGGCAGGCCUCGCUACUUCCUAAACAACCAUCAUACCAUCGUUGUUCGCUAUCGCAACGCGCCUGGAAAGGCCGGCGAGAGGGGAGAGAAGGUCAUUGUGGGCUUCGAGGUCUACCCCAAGAGCAUCGGGUCUGCCAACAGGAGGAACAAGGACGGGUGCCCCGCCGAUCUGCAGAACAUUGAGCAAAGCUUCGAGCUGUACAUGGCCCCCAACAAAACAGUGUCCGACGCUGCCAACGAGCUCUACUCGCAGUCAUCGUAUCAGCCCGAGAUCGAGGACCUUGACGACGACGCGAGGAUGACUAUCCCCUACACGUACUCGGUCUAUUUUCGCGAGGAUAACACGGUCGAGUGGAAGACGCGCUGGGAUCUCUACUUUGUCAACCAAGAGGAGGGCUCCCGGAUCCACUGGCUGGCCAUCGUCAACUCCUUCAUCAUCUGCGGUCUGCUCACUGGCAUCGUGUUGAUUAUCAUGGCCAAAACGAUUAGGACCGAGAUCAAGGGCUACAAGGACGCUCGUGCUGAAGAGGGCAAGCUCAAGCUCAAAAGAGGCAGCGGCCCGCGAACGCCAAGGUUGUCUGAGAAGAAGGCGCUCGGCUUGCUCGACCAGGACGGCGACGACAACGAUGCCGAUGUUUCUUCCGAAGAUGAAGCUCUUGAGGACGUCACGGGCUGGAAAUUGCUACACGCUGAUGUCUUCCGGGCGCCACAAUAUGGCUGGAUUCUUGCUCCCAUGGUCGGAUCUGGCGUCCAACUUCUUUUCAUGGCUGUGGGACUUGUACUGCUGAGUGCGCUGGGCAUUCUGAACCCCAGCCUCCGGGGCGGAUUCAUCAGCUUUGGCGUCGGCCUGUUUGUCUUUGCCGGUCUGUUCUCUGGCUAUUAUUCGGCUCGGGUGUACAAGACCUUCGAUGGGCAAGAUUUCCUGCGCAAUUCGAUGGUGACGGCACUGCUCUUCCCCGGCCUGGCUUUCGGUCUCAUCUUCAUCCUGAAUCUGUUUGUUUGGGCUCAGGCCUCAAGCACUGCCAUUCCAUUCGGAACCUUGGUCGCCCUGUUGCUCCUGUGGCUGUUCAUCCAGCUUCCCCUCGUCUACGUCGGCUCGCGAUAUGGCUACAACCGCGGCGGAGCGUGGGAGCAUCCUACGAAGACGAGCCUCAUUCCCCGACAAAUACCUCGACAAGCAUGGUACAUCAAGCGCACGCGGUCGAUUUUGCUUGCAGGCCUCAUCCCCUUCGCUGUCAUCUUCAUCGAGCUGCUGUUCGUCUUCCAAUCUGUCUGGCAGGAUAAGUCCGGCUACUACUAUGUCUUCGGCUUCCUCUCCGUUGUCUCGCUUAUCCUCAUCGUAACGGUCGCUGAGACCACCGUUGUGACCGUCUACGUGCAGCUGUGCAGCGAGAAUUACAACUGGUGGUGGCAGUCGUUCCUCGUAGGUGGAGCGAGCUCGGUGUGGGUGUUUGUGUACUGUAUCUGGUACUAUUUCAUGAAGCUGCACAUCACAGGAUUCGUGAGCUCGAUGCUGUUCUUUACCUACAGCUUUAUGGCUUGCUUGGUGUACGGGCUCCUCACGGGCACGGUUGGCUUCCUGAGCGCCUACGCUUUUGUGAGGAGGAUAUAUGGUGCGAUCAAAGCCGAUUGA